AUGAGAGAGAUUUCCAUACUAGAUGCUGGUGUGACUGUUGAAAUGUCCUUCCUGGAAAAGAGGCAAGGUUUUACUGGGAAAAAUUGCGAGGCCGAGCCUGGAGACCGAGGCCAUGGAAAAUGCAUUUCCACGUUGGAAGGAAUGGGUUUCCGUGCAGGACAAGGUCUGAUCGAAAGAUUCACUAAAGAAACACCUUUGUUCAAAGAUGAGCUGGACAUCAUGAAAUUUAUUUGUAAGGAAUUCUGGACAAACCUCUUCCAAAAACAGAUUGACAACCUGCGGACAAAUCACCGGGGAACCUAUGUGCUUCAGGAUAACCGAUUUCGUCUCCUUACUCCAGUGUCCAGUGGGAAACAAUACUUGGAAGAAGUGCCAGAGUUCUUGGCAUUCACCUGUGGACUGUUGAGAGGUGCUUUGUCCAACCUGGGAAUUGACAGCACAGUCACAGCGGAGGUUUCUGUGAUGCCACCAUGUAAAUUUCACGUUGUGAUCCAGACAUCCUAG